AUGCUUUGGCUCGCUAGCAUCGCCGUGGCGGCGUCGGUGGCGUCAGCCCUGCCAAGCACAGACGAGACAGAUAGUAUUUGGUUCAGCAACAACGCGCCUACCAUAAGCAUCGUCAGUCCCAAUCUCACCACCAAGUGGUUCGACGGCAGCGACUUUGUCCAGGUCGUGGAGCUAUUCGUGUACAACACGCACAAGACCCGAUUCCUCACCAAAAGCCACAACCUCAGUCUGACAAUCGACUCUGCGUCGCUCGACACCGUCCUGCCUGGCACCGUCAAGCGGCUGGCGCCAGGCCAGCGGGCGCUGGUGCAGGUCGGCGUCAAGAACAAGGCCGGCGUCAAAGCCGGCGCGCCCUGCCGCGGCAAAGCAAAGGCCACUGCUGCUGGCUCGCAGACGGCGGCAUCGGCUGAUUUGGCUGGUUCCUGCGGCAUUGGCGACUUUACCAAUACGGCCGAGAGUUUGCUGACGCAUCGCACGCCUGACUGGUUCGACAGGAGCAAGUACGGCAUCUUCAUCCACUGGGGGCUGUAUUCUGUGCCGGCGUACGGCAGCACGGGAAAGAAUGAGAAUUACGCCGAGUGGUACUGGAAGUGGCAGCACAACCCCAAUGAUAAGACCAGGACGUAUCAAUAUCACCUCGAGACGUACGGCAAAGACGUCAACUAUGACGACUUUGCCGCCAACUUUUCGGGCAAAAGCUUUGACCCCAAGGAAUGGGUCGACCUCUUUGCUGAUGCUGGCGCCCAAUACUUUGUUCCCACCACCAAACACCACGACGGCUUCGCCAUCUUCAACUUUUCCACCUCCAUCAGCCGCCGCUCCACCGUUCACUACGGCCCGCGGCGGGACUUUCUCGCCGAGCUCUUUGCCGCCGCCAAGCAGCACCAGCCCCAUUUGCGCCGCGGCACCUACUUUAGCCUGCCCGAGUGGUACAACCCGAGCUACAAGAACGGCGGCGGCAGCUUCGCAGGCGGUCCGCCGACGAACCCUUACACGGGGAAGACGCUCGACUACACGGGAUAUGUAGAGGUGGACGACUUUGUGGCUGAUGUGCAGGCGCCGCAGAUGGAAGCCCUCGCGUACGCAUACGACACGGAGAUGCUGUGGUGCGACAUUGGCGGGCCGAACAAAUCGGCCGACGUCAUGUCAAAGUGGAUUAACUGGGCGCGGAAGCAGGGUCGGCAGGUGUCGUACAAUUCGCGCUGCGGUCUCAAAGGUGACUAUGACACGCCAGAAUAUGAUCCCAACCCAAAGCAUCCUUUUGAUAGAAAGUGGGAAUCCAGCCGCGGCAUGGAUCCGUAUUCGUACGGCUACAACCACGUCACCCCCGACGACCAGUACAUGACGGGCGAGGAGAUUGUCAAGACGCUCAUCGACAUUGUCGCCAACAAUGGCAAUUUCUUGCUCGACAUUGGUCCAGCAGGCGACGGCUCCAUACCGGCCAUUAUGCAAAAGGGCCUGCGGGACGCGGGCGCCUGGAUCCGCGGCCACAACGAAGCCAUUUUCAACACGACGUACUGGUCCGUGACGGCCGGCGCGGACCCGCUGCGGUACACGGCGACGGCGGAUGCAUUUUACAUUCACCAUGUGGGAAAGCCGGGAGGGGUGGUGGACAUACCGGAUCCGGUGCCGUACUUGCCGGGGGAUCGCGUCAAAGUGGUCGGGGGCACGGCGGAUGGGAGUGAGAUUCGGACGAAGUGGACAGGGCCGGGGACGCUGCGGCUGGUGCUGCCGGACAAGGUGGUGGAGGGAGACCGGUACGUGUGGACAUUUAAAAUUGAGUACGUGCGAUGA